AUGCCCUCGCAUCCACUGCCCCCGAGAUGGACCCUCAUUCCUUGUCUGGGCAUCGUUGGCAUCCUGCCGCUGAUUGCCACUGCAAUCCGAGUGGCCAAGCAAUACUGGGACGGAUCAAGCAAAGCCAAGCAGAGAAUCUCGCUCCUGACGACUGAGCUCGAAGCGCUGCGACGGAACCUCCAGACCCUACAUGACUUUCUGAGAAGUGAUGCCCUCAAGAGUCACAACCUGGAAUUCUCCGCUUCCUCUGUUCUUGUAACCUGCUCGUCGGCAUGCAAAGUCAGGUUGGAAGCUCUUUGCGACCAACUUGGCCAACAUGGCCGUGGCGGAAUCAAUCGUUUGCUGUGGCCGCUGAAGGACAAGGAGUUCGACGAAACGCUGCAGGAGCUGCAAAGACCCACGCUAUGGCCGCAAUUCGCACUAUCCAUCAACGGAUGCGCGCUCUUGUCUCGGACCGCAGACGACGUCUUGAAGAGAUUCGGCCAGCAACUGCGCCAGUUCAGCGCCUUGCAGAGCCUUCAGAGGGCGACUGCAGAACUCCAGAAUGCCGUUCAGGGCCAGGUCGAGUCUCGCGUCCACGACCGCAACGCGGAGAAGCGAGCUCAGAUCCUUGACUGGGUCUCUACAAUAAGAUACGAUAUCAAGCAUCGGCAAGCCAGUGAAUCCCACACACAGAGCACGGGCGGUUGGCUGUUGCGACCGCUCGAGUUCAUCCGGUGGCGUGACGACCCUUCCUCAUCCAACCUCCUCUGGUGUCAUGGCUUUCCAGGAUCCGGGAAAACCGUUCUUGCCUCCGUGGUAGUCGAUGCCCUCAUGAUCCAAUGGCUGAUGACGGAGGCGGCCAAGACUGUGCCACGCAUUUACAUAGUGCUCGACGCACUAGACGAGUGCCAUGACCCGAGAAAUCGCGUGCCGUUACUGGAGGUGCUGAGUUGCCUCAAGCGUAUCCAUACUAUUCGCUUCUUCGUGACUAGCCGCCUACAUAUUCACGAUAUCGACGCGGCGUUCAAUAUGCAUCCGCAGAUUGGGAUCGAGGCUCACGAAGACGACCUGCAAGCUUACAUGAUCCAAAAACUCAACCAGGGAGAUGCUCACAAUGUCUUCGACAAAGACUUUGCCACCAAGGCCAUGAGAACUCUUAUCAGCAGUGCCCAUGGAAAGUAUGCCAUCGCUAGGCAAGGCCAUCUGCGGGCUGUUCUCAACGAGCCUACGUUAGGCGACAUGGAAGAGGCACUUGGGUCUCUCUCCGGAAGCCUCCCGGGGGCCUUCGAGGAUACAAUUUCCCGCGUCCAAAGACUACCAGCGAGUCGAGCUCGGCUCGGCAUGAGAGUCCUGAUGUGGAUAUGCCACUCGAAGCAGGUCUUGAUGAUGGCCGAGCUUGGCGAUGCGCUGUCUGGCCUGGCAACGGUGGACCCAAAGACGACGGAGCUUCGACUUGCCCACCAUGCCAUACAGGAGUACCUCAUGGACAAUGCUGCGAGACUGUUCCCCCAUGCAGAGACAGAUAUUGCAUUGACCUGCCUGACGUACUUGUCGUUCGACGAGUUCGCACAAUGCCCCUGCCAAGACGAAGCUGGCAUCGAGUCUUGGAUCAUGUGCCAUCCGUUUCUUCGUUACGCUUCCCAGCACUGGGGGUCGCAUGCGCGCGAACUUGAGCGCGCUGCCGGUGUCCGGCCUCGCAUCAUGGAGUUUCUCUCCAACAGGCAGGCGUCAACUUGCGCGCAUCAGGUACAAAGAUAUCAGAGCGGUUUUCGAAAGGAGUACUACGACGCUGAAGAGUGCUUGAGCGUGACGCCUCUACGCUUGGCUAGCUUUUUUGGCCUGGAGAGAACAUGCGCCGAACUUGUCGAAAACGGCGUUUGCGAUGUCGACAAGGCGACAAAGAUAAUAGGUUCCACGGCGCUCAUCCUCGCCGCCUCGGCUGGCCACGUCGACGUUCUCAGACUGCUGGUGCAGCGAGGCGCCGACCCCUUGGACGUGACAGAUGGCGAGGGCUUGACUCCUCUCGACUACGCAAGGCGCCAUGACAACCAGGUCGUGGUAGACCUGCUCUUGAAAGGAUUGUCGUCGUAUCAAGGGGGUUGUGCCGUGCGAUAG